CUUUCACUACGGUACGCAAGCAUGGUCAAAAAGUAAAAACAUGUGUACUUUUUAGCUUUACUUAACAAUUUUCAUUCAUUUGCUUCUAAUAGAAUUCAAAACUUGUAACAAUGACGAAAGAAAGUGAUAACAGUGGCGAGGAAAGUGAUCAUUCGGAAAAUGAACAGGUUGAUACCGACAAAAAUGAUGAAAACGUUGAAGAGGAUACUGUAACUUUUAAGGACUUGGGUGUCGUGGAUGUGCUAUGCGAAGCAUGUGAAGAAUUGAAAUGGAAGAAACCAUCCAAAAUUCAAAAAGAAGCUAUACCACUAGCAUUACAAGGCAAGGACAUUAUCGGUUUAGCGGAAACAGGUUCCGGGAAGACAGGAGCAUUUGCUGUGCCCAUUUUACAAGCUUUACUUGAAAACCCUCAAAGAUACUUCGCCUUAGUCCUGACUCCAACCAGGGAAUUGGCUUUCCAGAUAUCUGAGCAGUUUGAGGCUCUUGGUGCAAGCAUAGGUGUAAAAUGUGCAGUGAUAGUGGGAGGCAUGGACAUGGUGGCGCAGGCUCUGAUGCUGUCCAAGAAGCCCCAUGUGAUUAUUGCAACUCCGGGAAGACUGGUGGACCAUUUGGAAAAUACCAAAGGGUUUAAUUUGAAAGCAUUAAAAUAUUUGGUUAUGGAUGAAGCCGAUAGAAUUCUAAAUAUGGACUUUGAGGUUGAAGUUGAUAAAAUCUUAAGAGUGAUUCCUCGUGAGCGCCGCACAUACUUAUUUUCUGCCACCAUGACGAAGAAAGUGCAGAAAUUGCAGAGAGCUUCUCUACAAGACCCUGUCAAAGUGGAGGUCUCCACCAAGUAUCAGACUGUAGAUAAACUACAGCAGUACUACCUGUUCAUACCUGUUAAAUUUAAGGACGUAUACCUGGUGCACAUACUCAACGAACUAUCGGGCAACUCGUUCAUCGUGUUCGUGGCGACGUGUGCGGGCGCCCUGCGCGCGGCGCUUCUGCUGCGGGCGCUCGGCGUCGCUGCGGUGCCGCUCCACGGACAGAUGUCGCAGCAGAAACGUCUCGCCGCACUCAACAAGUUCAAGAAUAAGAGCCGCUCGGUGUUGAUAUGUACUGAUGUUGCGUCAAGAGGUCUGGACAUCCCGCACGUGGACGUGGUGAUCAACCUGGACAUCCCGCUGCACAGCAAGGACUACAUACACCGCGUCGGCCGCACCGCGCGCGCCGGACGCAGCGGGAAAGCUAUCACCUUUGUGUCGCAGUACGACGUGGAGCUGUACCAGCGCAUCGAGCAGCUGAUCGGCAAGCAGCUGCCGCUGUACAAGACGGACGAGAGCGAGGUGAUGGUGCUGCAGGAGAGAGUCGCCGAGGCGCAGAGACUUACCAAGAUCGAAAUGAAAGAGCUAGAGGACAAGAAGAAUAGCAAGGGGAGGGGCAAGAAGCGCGGCGCCGAAUCCGACGACGACACGGAGGAGGCGGCCGGCGUGCGCAGACGCAUCAAGGGCGGCAACAAACACGGCGGCAAGAGGAAACGAUGAAAUAAAAUAUAAAUGUUUAAUUGUA